AUGAAUGAAAAAGUUUUGCAAUACGAAGAGUUUUUGAAUGAGAAUCUCAAAAAUAAAUGCAGGUUAUUAAUAGAGAAGAGAGAAAAAUUAUAUGCAACAAAUUCAGAAUAUUUUUUACUUAAAAUACAGUUGGAACACAUUGUUAACAACAAAUUAACUUCUUUGUCUGUCUCAGUCGAUUUGAAUCCCUUUUGUUUCUGUGAUGCCAAAAUAACGAACACUGAAAGAAUAUUCCUCGAUAUUGGACUGGGCUUUUUUGUGGAGUUCACUUUAGAAGAGGCAUUGUUAUUCAUUGACAAGAAAAUUUCCAGUUUAACAAAGACCAUUGAGAAUUUGGAUAAGAACAUAUCGCAGAUAAAAGCUCACAUUCAGAUUGUUAUUCAGGGCUUAAAAGAGAUUCAAGGUUUAUGAUGAUAGGUGGAUCAUCAACAUCAAUUAAUUCUUCAAUUAUUGUUUUGUAAAAAUUAAAAAUAUGGAAAACCUGCCUUGUUGUUUGAUUAAAUCUAACGGUUUGAAAUCGUCAUCACAAAAACACUGGCAAAAACUAAUUUACAUUUACCCAAAGACAAUGCAUCAGCUAGGAUACCACUACAGACAACCACUUGUCAUUAACAAUAAUUUGUUAUUCUAUGCAUGGCCACAUAAAUCAAUGAACGCGAAUUGUGUAGGCUUCUUAAAGGAACAUUUUGAUGCUAUCAAAAAUAUGUCUUCAUUGGAGAAAGAUCAGAAGACAUUCCAUUGUGAUGUUCUUCCCUUGAAUGUUCCUGAUGUCCCAGAAAUAUCCACCUGCUACUUCACUUUCACAACAAAUAACUUCAAACAAGUCAAACUUAUCAACUACUCUUUUCUAGAAAAAACUUACCUACAGAACAAUGAAAGUCUGUCAAUAAAUUAUUUGGGAGCAGAGGUCACUUUAACCAUUCACAUUGAGUCCAUCUCAUUUUAUCCAAAUUUAACGACUGAAGCAAUCUCCACAGAUGCCGUUCACAAAAACAAGUUCUUUAAGUUCACAUCCAAAUCGAAAGUUUUUUCCGAGAAUUAUGUGAGACAGUUAAAUGAUGACAAAAGCGUUAAAUUAAAUGAUCUUGGUGGUUUGAAUAAAAUUAUCAGCACUUUGAACUGCCUUGUUAAAGUUCAUUUACUUGAAAAUGUUCAAACAUUAAAGAAAAUAUUUCCGAAACGUUGUCUCCUGUCUGGACCAUCUGGUUGUGGAAAAUCUUCAGUAGUUUAUGCAGUGGCCAAGCAUCACAAUCUGCCAAUCAUUUCAAUUAAUACUUCUAGCUUCGAUUACAUGUAUGAAGAAGAUAGGGCGCGUAAACUGCAGGAAAUUGAAAAUCAACUCAAUGCUCCAACGAUAGUCUUUGUUGACAGUUUGGAAACUUUAUCAGCUUCCAAGAAAAGCAUAUCUGCAAAUCUUGAUUCAUUCCUCAAUGAUUUGGUUCUCAAACAUAAGUUACUCGUGCUAGGAGCCACAAACAAAAUUGAUCUGAUGGAUCCUUAUCUACUGAGUAGCAGAGGAAUUUUCAGUUUUGUGUGUCAUGUAUAUCCACCUUCAGCUCAGGAGCGACACGAGAUUAUUUUGAAGCAGAUGAAGCGCCUACAAAUAGAUGUCAACUGUGAACCAUCAAGAAUCAAAGAACUUGCUGACAGCUGCCAUGGUUAUUCAGGAGCUGAUCUCCAUUCUGCGUGUGUGCAAGUGAAGCAUCACAUGACGUUGAAUGGUGGCAUGAUUGAUGAUGGGUUGAUGAUGAGAAUCUUCCAUCAAAUCGUUCCUUCAGUUAUGAAAGAAAUUGCAAUCAAAAGUCCUCAGGUGAAGUGGGAAGACAUUGGAGGACGGGAUGACUUGAAGAAAAUCUUGGACCAAUGUAUCCACAUGCCAAUCAAGCAUCCUGAGGUUUUUGAAAGGUUGAAGGUGAAGCCGCCUCGAGGCAUCCUAAUGUUCGGACCUCCCGGCUGCUCGAAAACGAUGCUCGUUAAGGCGCUGGCAACCGAAAGCAAACUCAAUUUCAUAAGUGUUCAGGGCACUAGUCUUCGAGGCAUGUUUGUGGGAGAGACAGAACGAGCAAUCAGAAACCUCUUCAUGAGGGCUCGAUCAGCUGCCCCAUCGAUCGUCUUCUUUGAUGAAAUUGAAGCAUUCGCCAUGCAGAGAGGCAGCACGAAAUUAUCAGCAGGAUCAGUCGAUGACAGGGCAGUACAGCAGCUUCUCGUUGAGAUUGAUGGCAUCACAGAUUUGAAGGAUGUCUUCAUCGUGGCAGCCACCAAUCGUCCUGAUCUCAUCGAUCCGGCGUUCAUGAGGCCAGGCAGGUUCGACAGGUGCAUCUACGUUCCACUCCCCGAUGACGACACCAGGAGGAAGCUGAUCAUCACUAAACUCAACAGGACGUUUGAAAAUGUGGAAGAAGCGAAGAGGCCAUUUAUAGAUGUUGAGACGAUUGUUCAGCUUACACAGAGAUACUCCUGUGCCGAGUUAUCGAACGUCAUAGAUGAAGCGUUCCUGUUAGCGAUGAGAGAUGACAUCCAGGAGCCCAGCCUGAAUAUGCAGCACAUCGAGAAAGUUCUCGCAUCUACAAAUCCCAUGACCUGCAAGGAAACGGUUGCUUGGUACGAGGAUAUCUCCUCCAAAUUUCUACACUGAUCAUUCUUUUUUUAUUUUUGUGCAUUCAUCUUUGGACAUGUGUCGAAAUGAUAAAGUUUUAUGUCUGGGUUUCAUAUACCUAUUGAGAAAUUAGGUGUAAAUAAGCAAUCAUAGAAUCAUGUUUUGAACUGAUCAACAGGAACAAUGAACCAAUAUUUCUAAUUAAUUUUUUUGGCCAGUUCAAUUUAUUAUAUUUAGAUUUUUUAAUUUUUUAUUGUUGAAAUUUAUAAAACCGCUAUAUAUAUUUAUCUAUAUACCAAGUGUGUGGUGUCACUUCCCUACAUAAACACACAUAAUAACAGAAACCGUUUCAGUUACGAUAUUUAUUCGAAAUAGAAAACGAGUGUUCGAAAAUAAAUAGUGUGAGUCUCUAUUUUAUUUUUUAUCAGUAUAUUAAUGUACAGCAAUUUCAGUUUACUUUGAAGAAAUUUAAUUUAGCUAAAAAAUAAAACAGUAAA